CAGGCCCCGGAACCCUCGGCGCGGGCGCGGUUUCCGCGGGCGGCGCGAGGCGGCCCCGCCAUGGCGGCGGAGGGGGAGGACCCGCUGGGCUACUUCGCGGCCUACGGCAGCUCCAGCUCCGACUCGGAGCCCGAGGAGCCGCAGCCCGACGAGCGCCCGGCGGGAGCCGGCGCGGCCUCGGGCGGCGUCCCGGGGCGGCCGCGGCUGCCGCCGCCCGACGAGCUCUUCCGCCGGGUGUCGCAGCCGCCCGCCUUCCUCUACAACCCGCUGAACAAGGAGAUCGACUGGGAGAGCCGCGUCCUGCGGGCGCCCGAGGAGCCCCCCAGGGAGUUCAAGGUGUGGAGGAGCAGCGCCGUGCCCCCGCCGGACACCUACAGCCCGCCCGAGAAGCCGCCGCCGCCGGCCCCCGCCCUCGACAUGGCCAUAAAGUGGUCCAACAUCUACGAGGACAAUGGCGACGACGCGCCCCGGCAGGCCGGCAAGGCCCGGUUCCUGCCGGACGAGGAGCAGGAGCCGCUGGAGUCGGAUGGUGAAAAAGACGACGAACCAGCUUCCGCUAAGAAACGUAAAGUAGAGUCUGGAGAACAGGCAAAGAAGAAGAAGAAGAAGGUAUAAGCAGGGCAUUUUGGAUUUAGACAUAAGAAUUUCAAGGAACUUGGAUUUCUCUGCUGGAAUGGGACACAAAUACGUGUUUACUACAUUUCUCUCUCGGGUAGGGAAUUUUAUUUCUGUAGUAUGCUUGCCUUUUGGAAAGCACAAAAUUAAGUGGACAGUGUUGUGGUAGAACUUGUUUACUGAACAAAAUUUAAACCUGUUUAUUUGAAACAAGGAUUUAGAUUAAAGAUCCAUUGCCAUGGAUACUUGUGCUCAUGCAGGUUACAGGGCUUCACAGUAUUUUGUUUAUCAAGAAACCUGGUAACAUGCAUUUUUCUGGAUUGACUUUUCCAUUGUGUCAAAACCUUUUAUAAAGGAGUAUAUACUAAAGAUUUUUUUAGGUACUGGUCUGUGAUAUGUUCACAUAAUGUUGUUUUUAAAUAUAUGUAUAGACUGCAAAUAGUCACUGGAAUAAAACUACAUUUGAAAACAUCUGUGGUAUAAAUAUUGCAUUGCAUGCUUGGUGAAUAGGAGCAAUGAAUUCUGUAUUAUAUGCCAUUCACUGAUGUGUGACUUAACAGAUUCCUCAGGGCUUUUUUGUUUAAAUAAAUACAGAACUACAAACUGAAAAAAAUGGACCUAAAAUUGAGUUUAAUAUUUUAUAAUUAUUUUGAUGUUACGGAAUCUCCAUCAGUGAAACAUGAGACCAACUGAUGGAGGGAGAAUUGAAGCAUGUAAUGUGUUCUUCCUGAAACAGAAAAUAGAAUCAAGAUAUUUAUGUGGACAAAAAUUAUGACAAAGCUGUGGUAGAGUCUUUGCUGCCAAAUUGUAUUUAUUGCAGUACAAACAGUUGGUAGUCUUCUCAAAGUGCUAGCCAGUAUAUGUUGCAUUUGUGGUAUGCUGCUGAAUGGGUUUUUGGAUCUGUAUAUGACAAGGUACCAGCUUGUACUGGAUUGGAGGAAAGGUUGCUGUAUAUUUUCAGAUAAAGAUUCUGUGCCUUAGAAAAUCUGCAGUGAGAUUAGUGCCUGCUAACAGAGGUUCAUGUAAUUAAAUUGUUAAUUUAAAAA